GUAGCCGCAGUAGAUCCAUAAGGGUGGAUGGCUUCUUUAGUAUAGAACCAAGAAGAUCGAAGGUGAAGGAAACCACUCUUUUAUGAAAAUAGUUAUAUUUUCUUAGGUCGUGGUGAAUAACAAACUUUAGAGAACAGCUUUGGGCAACAGCAGAUAAUUUCUCAUACUCUUUUCUGAAAAGAGUGGAUGGAAAAAUGGUUCAAUAGCACAUGAAUGUGAAUUGCUGUGUCCCAGCAGUAGCACCAAAAAAAUAGUGAUGGUGCCUUCUUGAGGUUAUCACUUAUUUUUAUUUUUUCAUUUUGUUUUUCCUUAUUGCUGUUUCUCCAAUUAUAUUUGUAACUGCCAUGGAACAUAUGUCUUUUAGGUAUGAACAAGAAAUAUUGCCAGACAAAAACUUGAAAUUUAAUACUAAAGAAAAAGUCAAGGAGUAUGUUCAAAAGACAUAUGGAAGAGAAGCCAAAUUAGGAUUGGUGUUGAAAGCUAGCUGCAAAACUAGAAUGUCAUUUCAUUGUCAAUAUAGUGGCCGUUAUAAUAAACAUCACAAUAACAAUAAGAUUAGAAAAACGCCUUCGUACAAGUUUGGAUGCAUAUUUAAUAUAACUUACUGCUACCUGAGAACGGAAAUGUGUUGGAUAAUGAGCAGACUUGUGUCUACUCAUACUAAUCAUGAUAGAAUUACAGAUAUAACCUCCCAAUCGUUGCUAAGACGAAGAACAACAGAAGUAUCUGAAUUCAUUGAAUCUAAUUUCGAAAAGGGCAUCAUAUCACCCUCAAUCAUAAUUGGGUUGGUGGAUUCCAAAUUUAAGGUCAAACUAAUUCCGAAGGAUAUUUACAAUGAUUUAAAUAGAUUCAGAAGGAAAAAUGGAACCAUAAAUGCAACUUUUAAAAACACUACUAUUAACUCAUUAUACAUUGCAACUUUCGGAAAAGUCAGCCAAAAUAAAGCUGCAGCAAUGAAGCAAGAGAUGAUUUCUGAUAACCCUUCCAACAACCUUCAAAAUCAAAAGAAAGAGGCACAAUCCAUACUCCCUUCACUUUCUAGUCGACAGAGGCCCAUCUGGUCUCAACUUGACUCAACAACAACUCCACCAACAUCUGGUUCAAUGCUCUGAUGGAAACUAAAAACCUCUUUUCUCCAGCUUUCAGCUUUAGAUGCUGCUUUGGUGCACAUGCUUCUUGAUGCUAUUUGGAGCAAGUAAACGCGAGAAGACGCGUGUCUUAGAGGGUAACAAAUCUUGGACGGA